AAAAAAAAGAAGAAAGAAAAACACUAGAGCACUAACUUCUUUACAAUCUACCCAAAUGUAUCUCCGCUUAACCCCAUAUCACAAAAAUCUCUGGGAUAAUCUCAUUCCCUUUCUAUUAUUGCCUGCAGUAGAGUUCUUACAUUUGGGGAAUACAAAUACAAACACAAAAAAUACCCAACAAGAAGAAGGAGGGAUAGAGAGGUGUAGACAAAUUGGCCUUUGAGGGUUUGGCUUGCUUUCCUUUUUUUUUUGUUGCUCUAAGUUUCUCCCACUUAGAUUACAUAUCUGAUUUUCUCCGACCCUUUUUUUUUCUUCUUCUUCCUCUUUAUCUCUCUCCAAUCCAUACCUCUUAAUACAUAUAUAACUAUAUCAUCAUCAUAGUGUAUAGAUUUUUGUGUCUUGGAUAGUAUUGGAGCUAAAAACUGAAGCUUUGUUUGAAUGCAAAUUCUCUUAAUUUGGGUAAUACAUUUGAUGCCUAGUAUGGAAGCAAAAGGGUUUAUUACCGUAACACCCACAAAGCCAAAUCAGUAAGGUUUGUGAAAAACCUUAUAACUUUGCCCAUUAUCUUGCAUUUAAGAUGGGAGAUUUGGUGAUAUCUGGGUUUUGAUCAUUUUGGUAAUAGCUGAAUCUUGAAUUGUGCUGUGGUGUGACUAUAUGUUGGUGGUUUGGUUUCUGCUUAGGGCAUAUUGAGGUUAACAAAGGGAUAUCCUUUGCUGGUUUUGGGAUUUUAGUUUGAGAUUAAAGGGUCUCAGAAUUCUUGGCUUUUUUGGGGUUUUGCCAAUCUUACUGUAUUUGAGCACCUGAUUAGUUGCUGGUGAAGCUGUCACCUUCUGGUUUUCCUAGGGUUUAUUGUGUGAUAAGCAUUUGUUCCUCGCUCGCUUGUCAGUUUCUUAUGAUUGUUUGUUUCUCAGCAAGUGUUUGAAAGUUGCCCUUGUCUGCUUUUAUUAGUGGUGUAAGAACUCUGGUUUUGUGAAAUAGUUCGUGUGAGAGACCAAAUUAGAUAUGAACAGGAGGGUUCGGAGGAAAUUGGCAAGGAGGGGACAGGAGAAGGUUGAUUUCCCUGAGCUUGGUGAGUGUUUAACUUUGGAUGAGAGAGGGAUAGUUGAUUGGACUAGGUUGCCGGAUGAUACAGUACUCCAGCUAUUUUCAUGUCUGAAUUAUCGUGAUCGAGCGAGCUUGUCAUCCACCUGCCGCACUUGGAGAACUUUAGGUGUAUCACCAUCCUUAUGGCAGGUUUUAGAUCUUCGUCCCCACAAGUGUGAUUCUGAUGCUGCUGUUGCUCUUGCUCCUAGGUGCAGGAAUCUUCAGAAACUUAGAUUUCGUGGCGCUGAAUCUGCAGAUGCAAUUAUACAGCUUCAGGCUAAGAGUUUGUGUGAGAUUAGUGGCGAUUACUGCCGCAAGAUCACAGAUGCUACAUUGUCUGUAAUUGCUGCUCGACAUGAGUCACUUGAAAGUUUACAACUUGGCCCUGAUUUUUGUGAAAGGAUUAGCAGUGAUGCAAUAAAAGCAAUAGCCAUUUGCUGUCCCCAACUCCGGAGACUUAGACUUUCUGGAAUUCGCGAAGUUGAUGGAGAUGCCAUCAAUGCAUUGGCUAGGCAUUGUCGGAAUCUAAUGGACAUUGGUCUCAUUGAUUGUCUCAAUGUUGAUGAGUUGGCUUUAGGAAAUGUUUUGUCUCUUCGUUUCCUGUCGGUUGCUGGCACAACUAAUAUGAAAUGGAGUUUGGCUUUACAGAAUUGGAGUAAACUGCCUAACCUGAUGGGCUUAGAUGUUUCCAGAACAGAUAUAAUUCCUAAUGCCGCUUUAAGAUUGUUUUCGUCCUCACCAUGCUUGAAGAUCUUGUGUGCCUUAUAUUGCCCAGCCCUCGAGCAAGAUGCCAGCUUUGUUUCCAAUAACAAUCAUAAAGGUAAACUACUACUUUCUUUUUUCACUGACAUUUUUAAAGAAGUAGCAUCACUAUUUGCCGAUACUACAAAUAAAGAGAGGAAUGUAUUUAUGGAGUGGAGAAAUUUAAAGACCAAGGACAGAAAAAUGGAUGAUGUAAUGAAUUGGCUGGAAUGGAUCCUUUCCCAUUCACUUCUG